AUGGCCUCCGUCCAUGGGUCCAUCCACCGUCCGGCCACGACGACUUCGCCUCCAUCCCUGCUCGUGCGUCAAGCCCCGGGCUUUGCUAACUUUGUCCCACACGCAGUCACGGUCUCUCUUCGUCUCUCCUGCCACCUCGCUCGACUGCCUUUGGUCUUCUCAAAGGCAACCCUUUCGCCACGGCUCCCCGGGCCGAAUCCUUCGUCAGUGACCAAGAUUUCAGCCUCCGAAAGACGUCGCACAUCAUCAACGUCAUUCCCCCUCCCGUCACUGCUGCGGCACGCUCCUAAACGCAUCUUCGACGCCCCGCUGUCGCUCGACGACGCUCCCCACCUGCCGCCCCCGUCGUCGUCCGACUCCCGUCAGCUGCCGCAUAGGAGGAACCAAGAUUCUCUUCCUCUCGCCGAGGAAGAGUCGAGGAGGCCUCGCCAGUCCAUCGAGGCAUCUUCUUCAUCACGGCACUCGUUGAACGACGAGCACCCCACGACCCCUCCUACUCCCCCAUCUGUCGUCGGGGAUAUGGUUAUGGCCACGGCUGCCGUCGAAUACUACACCCAAGAUGUUCAUCAUGCUCCCGUCUCGUUGAAGAAGCCGCGCGUGACGGAAGCGCUUUCUCUCGAUCAUGACGCCCUCGAUCCCAAGCAGCUGAUCGGCGAGGCGCUGCACCGCCGUGUCGAAGCCAUCGAUCAUGAACUCUGCGAGCCCGGCGACGAGGACACCUUCUACGUCGCCGACCUUGGCCACGUCUAUCGGCAGCACAUUCGCUGGAAGAAGAACCUUCCGCGGGUCAAGCCUUUCUACGCCGUCAAGUGCAACCCCGACCGGCAGAUUCUGCGCCUCCUCGCCGCCCUCGGCACCGGCUUCGACUGCGCCUCCAAGACGGAGAUCGAGCAGGUGCUGUCCAUGGGUACGGCGCCGGAACGCAUCAUCUACGCCCAGCCGUGCAAGACCAACUCGUACGUUCGAUACGUCAAGUCGGUCGGCGUGAGGCAGAUGACGUUUGACAACGCCGACGAGCUCCACAAGAUCGCCAAGCUCUUCCCCGACGCCGAGCUCUUCCUGCGCAUCAUGACGGACGACACGUCGAGCCUGUGCCGUCUCAGCAUGAAGUUUGGCGCCGCCAUGGACACGACGGAGUCGCUGCUGGCCCUCGCCAGGACGCUCGGCCUCGACGUCGUCGGCGUCAGCUUCCACGUCGGAUCCGGCGCCGCCGACCCCUCGUCCUUCUACAAGGCCGUUCGCGACGCCCACGCCGUCUUCCGCCACGGCCGCGCCCUCGACUUCGCCAUGCGCACCCUCGACGUCGGCGGUGGCUUCUGCGGCGACACGUUUGAGCGCAUGGCGCGCGUCCUCGGCGACGCCCUCGACGAGUUCUUCCCCGCCGGCUGCGACGUCGACAUCAUCGCCGAGCCCGGCCGUUACUUCGUCUCGGCCGCCUUCACCAUCGCCUGCAACAUCAUCGCUCGCCGCACCGUCGAGGACCCCGCGCGCGACGCCAAGAGCUACAUGGUCUACGUCAACGACGGCGUCUACGGCAACUUCUCGAGCAUCAUGUUCGACCACCAGCAGCCGGCCGCCAAGGUACUGCGUCGCGCCGGCCAGACGCUCUAUGACGCGGCGGCCGCCUACCCUUGCGGCCCGCGCGAAGGCGUCGAGUAUUCCGUCUGGGGCCCGACGUGCGACGGCAUCGAUCGCAUCGCCGAGAGCGUCCGCUUCCACUUGGUCCUCGACGUCGGCGACUGGCUCUACUUUGAGGACAUGGGUGCCUACACUAAGUGCUCGGCCACGCAGUUUAACGGCUUCUCCAACGCCCACGACGUCAUCUACGUCUGCAGCGAGCCGGGGGCCAAGGCUCUCCUCAACCUCUGA